ACAGAGCUGGAGCAAGCUCAUGCCCUCUCGAUUGUUUUUUCUUUUAUAACUCUAAAAACCGUAUGCUGUAAAACUGUAUUUGUAAAACAGGCAAAAAGGGACCCAAAGUCUUUCGUUUCCAUUGGGAGUAUUUGUUGCGGUUUCUAAAACAGGUGGCUGAGAUGCGCAAAAUUUACAGUGCAGGAUGAGGAAAUGUUUGGCUUUUACACUUUCCACCGCUGGCUGAAGGACAGACAAACUGUCGUCUCAAAUGAAAAAUGACAGAUGACAUGUUUUCCAGAAGCCAGUGAGGCCAAAACCGUGACCCUCUAAUACUCCUGAAGAAUGAGCCUUUUCUUCAAAAUCUUCAUGUUGCAUUUUGGGUGGAAAUAUGAGCCACACCUGCGAAUCCCAGGCAGCCAAUGCAACGGUCGAUCUAGGUCCUCUGGGGGGCCAUCAGCCCUGGGAAGUGGUUCUGAUUGUUCUUGUGACUGGGACGCUCUCGUUUAUCACCAUCUUGGGUAACCUGCUAGUGCUCAUCUCUUUCCGGCUCAACCGGCAACUACGAACCAUCAGCAACUAUUAUCUCCUGAGUCUGGCGGUGGCUGAUUUAAUCUUGGGCACAGUAUCGAUGAACCUCUACACAGCCAACAUCAUAAUGGGUCGCUGGAUGUUUGGACAUCUAGCAUGCGAUCUCUGGCUAGCGUUAGACUACGUGGCUAGCAACGCUUCUGUUAUGAACCUCCUAGUAAUCAGCUUUGACAGGUACUUUUCCGUAACCCGACCAUUAACGUAUCGGGCCAAACGGACACCCAAAAGAGCCGCAAUGUUAAUUACGCUAGCAUGGGUGGUAUCAUUUGUACUGUGGGCUCCUGCAAUUUUGUUUUGGCCCAAUUCAGAAGGAGCAUUGAAGGAAAAAGUGAAUUGCUCUAUCCCCUUUCUAACAGAGCCUUCGUUAACCUUUGGAACAGCUAUAGCUGCUUUCUACCUUCCUGUCAGCAUCAUGGUCAUCUUAUAUUGGAGAAUUUACUGGGAGAUUGAAAACAGAGCAAAAGGACUUGCCAAGUUUGUCGGCUCUGUUGGUAGCAGUCAGAGUAGCUCAGUGAAGGCAGCAAACAAGUGGUCCAACAGUACUCGGAGCAGUGUUAGCAGCUGCAUUGAGACCCAUCCCAGAAAGGGUCCAGAGCUUGCCAGGAAAACAUCGGUUGGGUGCUUUCCCGCCAGACAAAAACAACUUCCUUUGGUUUCAGGAAAUCUAUCCAUGCCACCACCACCAAGUGAAAUCAACUACAAGGAGGCGUGCAGCAGCAGCAGCUGGAACAUGGAAGAUGAGGACGACGAUGAUGCUGCAACAUCUUCGACGAGUGAGGAAGAGCAAAGACAAGAUCAUAAAGCAACAACGUUGUCCACAUCAAACCCUGCCAUUAUCAAGCUCAAGGAUCUGCAAGGAACAUCAGAGUAUCAGCAGGAAGUUCCAGCCUUAGCCGCCCAAGUUUCAAAUCCGUUAUCUGGCCAACCCUCCAGACAUCUUCCACUGAAAAAGAACAAACUGCAGGAUCUCAGCCUCCAAAAACAGCCCAAAACCAAAAGGCGAAUGAACAUGAUCAUUCGAGAAAAGAAAGCAGCUCGGACGUUAAGUGCCAUCCUGUUGGCCUUUAUCCUAACGUGGACUCCGUACAACAUCAUGGUCCUGGCUUCUAUCUCGUACUGCGUUCCCGAAAAGUUGUGGCAUCUCGGAUACUGGUUGUGCUACGUCAACAGCACCGUUAACCCCAUGUGCUACGCUCUGUGUAACGAAUCGUUCCGAACCACUUUCAAAACGUUGCUACUUUGCCGCCGCGAUGAUGCCAAAAAGUGGCAAACAAGUCCCCCAAGCCGUCGUGCUUCAGUGAGGGCAAAUAAGUCAUGUAGCACAGUGUGAUACAAACAAUGUCUAUGGACAACAUUUAUGUAGUAAUGGAGAGGGAACCCUGAAGUUUGUCUCUAAAGCUGCCCCCUCAGCAGGUUACUCCGGUUGACCGGAAAUUUGUAAUUCCUCAAGAGUUAGCAAAAGGCCUUAAAGUAUUUUUAGUCCACAGCCUGUUUUGAAUAACACUCAUGUGUAAAAUAAUGUUUUUGGCCUCCAUAUGCACUGAACAUCUUUUUUUCUUGUUUUUCGACUCCCUACAAGAUAUAAACGACGUGGAACAUUUGGAUAUUUUUGGUCUGUUUAUUGAAGCACUGCUGUUAUGUUUUCUGGAAUCCGUGCCCAAGUUCUUCCCUCCAGCAUCUUACAACGUAUCUGCCUUGUGUCCUGCCUACCAGUUUAAAGUCUCAGCUGCAUGCCAUUUAAAAAAAGAGGGACGGGGAAACGAUGACUAAACGAACAACCACUGCUCUGUUUCCUAUACACGGCCCCUUUGAACAAUGCAGCCAGACUGUUCCACUGAGAGGACUUUUCCAUCGGUGGUAUUACUCGGGCUACAGCUCGUUCAUUGUCAUGGUACAAAAAAUAUUAAAGGAAAAUACAUUAUGGACGUUAUGGCUAUGUGAUUGUUUAUGUUAUUACUAUAAAAUUCAUCUAAACAAAACUUUUGCUUUCCAUAUCAUAAUGAAUAAGAAAAAACUGACCCAGUCAUAACUGCAACAACUAAUCAACCAAAUCUGAUGAUUAAACAUGUAAUGGAUUAAAACUAGAUAGUCAGUUAUGAAGAAUGAUGUAGAACACCUAACUUCAUUAUUUAAUUUACUUUUUUUACAGUUACAGAUUUUUAUAAAAUCAUAAUAUGGUCAAAAGUUUGU